GGCUCUCGCGAGAUCUGCGCUGUGGGAGGAGGAGGAAGAGGAGGAAGGCGCCGCCGCCGCCGCUGCCCCGGGCCGGCGCCGGGGAUGGUGUUGGCCGCGGCUGCCGGGCCCUGACGCCGCGCUCAGGUGGGAAGCAGCAGUAAUGCUAACUCUGGCAAGCAAGCUGAAGCGGGAUGAUGGCGUCAGAGGCCCCCGUGCGUCCAACCCAGCGUCUGACUCCACGCGCAGGGUGUCUGUCCGGGACAAGUUACUCGUUAAAGAGGUUGCAGACCUUGAGGCUAAUUUACCUUGUACAUGUAAAGUGAACUUUCCUGACCCAAACAAGCUCCAUUACUUUCAGCUAACUGUAACCCCAGAUGAGGGCUAUUACCAAGGGGGAAAGUUUCAGUUUGAAACUGAAGUUCCUGAUGCCUACAAUAUGGUGCCUCCAAAGGUAAAAUGUUUGACAAGAAUCUGGCACCCAAACAUUACAGAGACAGGAGAAAUCUGCCUAAGUUUGUUGAGAGAACACUCAAUUGAUGGCACUGGCUGGGCCCCAACUAGAACCUUAAAGGAUAUCGUCUGGGGGUUAAACUCUUUAUUUACUGAUCUUUUGAAUUUUGACGAUCCUUUGAAUAUUGAGGCUGCAGAGCAUCAUUUGCGUGACAAGGAGGACUUUCGCAAUAAAGUUGAAGAUUACAUUAAGCGCUACGCGAGAUGAUGAAGGGGGAUGGAUGGCAGGACCACGGCUCCAGAGCUGUCCUUAGCUCCAACAGCAGCCAAACCAGCCCGGGUUGUACCAGUCCUGUGUCCAUGUUGUACCGAAGAAGAAAACUAACUUCAUAACCUGUCCAUGUUCAAAGGAGAGUUCAGCAUAAAUACAGCAAGAAAUUGUGUCUGUUGGUUGAAAAAGUUGUCUGCUUCCUUUACAAAUGUUUACUCUUCUGAACUGUACUGUAUAUCCUGUUGAUGAGAUAUGCUUGAGAAGUUAAAAGAAGUCACUAUUGAAAUUGUAA